AUGGAAGAAAAUGGAUUAGGUUUAUUAAUAACAAUUGUUCUUGUUGAUUUAUUAUCAAUCGUAAAUAUUCAUGAUACACCAUCAUUUGGUAGUGCAGCAAAUCUUACAUUAGCUGUAGUUCUCUUUCAAAUAUCGAUAUAUAUAAAAUCUAAAUAUCAAGUACGAUUUUGUUGGUUUAGUGCAGAAGAAAUCAGUCUUCUUAGUUUAAUUUUUUAUGUUAAACAAGUAAAACCUUCAACGAUCAUUUAUACGGAUAGAAUAAAAACAAGAGAUCAAUGUGAUCUUUAUGCAUCAUUUCUUGGUCCUGAUUCAUAUUAUAUACCAAAUAUUGCUCAAGAUCCAUGUUAUCAUAAAUCAUGUGAUACGAUAUGGAAUAUAAAUGUAUUUGCUUAUGAAAAGAUGAUAAAAGCAGCAGCUUAUUUUAUUGAAUCUUUAGUUUAUAUGGACAAUUUAAAAAGGAUGGCUUUACCCAAUAGAAAAAAUUGA